CCGACCACUACAUCAACCACUAUAUAUGGCACUUCUCCGACCACUACAUCAACCACUAUAUAUGCCACUUCUCCGACCACUACAUCAACCACUAUAUAUGCCACUUCUCCGACCACUACAUCAACCACUAUAUAUGGCACUUCUCCGACCACUACAUCAACCACUAUAUAUGCCACUUCUCCGACCACUACAUCAACCACUAUAUAUGCCACUUCUCCGACCACUACAUCAACCACUAUAUAUGCCACUUCUCCGACCACUACAUCAACCACUAUAUAUGCCACUUCUCCGACCACUACAUCAACCACUAUAUAUGCCACUUCUCCGACCACUACAUCAACCACUAUAUAUGCCACUUCUCCGACCACUACAUCAACCACUAUAUAUGCCACUUCUCCGACCACUACAUCAACCACUAUAUAUGCCACUUCUCCGACCACUACAUCAACCACUACAUCUGCCACUUCUCCGACCACUACAUCAACAAAUACAUACGCCACUUCUCCGACCACUACAUCAACCACUACAUAUGCCACUUCUCCGACCACUACACCAACCACUACAUAUGCCACUUCUCCGACCACUACAUAUGCCACUUCUCCGACCACUACACCAACCACUACAUAUGCCACUUCUCCGACCACUACAUAUGCCACUUUUAAGACCACUACACCAACCACUACAUAUGCCACUUCUCCGACCACUACAUAUGCCACUUCUCCGACCACUACAUAUGCCACUUCUCCGACCACUACAUAUGCCACUUCUCCGAACACUACAUCAACCACUACAUCUGCCACUUCUCCGACCUCUACAUCAACCACUAUAUAUGCCACUUCUCCGACCACUACAUAUGCCACUUCUCCGACCACUACACCAACCACUACAUAUGCCACUUCUCCCACCACUACAUAUGCCACUUCUCCGACCACUACAUCAACCACUACAUCUGCCACUUCUCCGACCACUACAUCAACCACUAUAUAUGCCACUUCUCCGACCACUACAUAUGCCACUUCUCCGACCACUACAUAUGCCACUUCUCCGACCACUACAUCAACCACUACAUCUGCCGCUUCUCCGUCCACUACAUCAACCACUACAUCUGCCACUUCUCCGACCACUACAUCAACCACUACAUCUGCCACUUCUCCGACCACUACAUCAACCACUACAUAUGCCACUUCUCCUACCACUACAUCAACGUAUCCAGAUCUUCCUGUAGCGGUCUAGUGUCCACAUCGAAGUUAGUUAUGUAAAUGGUUCAGAAAAUCGAAAAGUUGAUGAACGAGACACUUGUAAAGCACUUGGGUACCUUUAUUAUGCAAACGUUCAGCAGGCAGUGGUUUCUUCAGUCCUAUACUGAGAAGACUGGUGAAAGACGAGAGGUUUGAGGUAAUCAGUCCCCCAGAAUGGAGUCGAUGUACUCAGUCCAUCAGUUUUGAUAAAAUUAUCAAAACUGAUGGACUGAACACACUGACUUCUGGUUCAGGGACUAAUUACCUCAAACUCCUCGUCUUUCACCAGUCUUCUCUGUAAUGGACUGAGGAGGCCACUCGCUGGAGAAACGUUUCCACAUUUAUCAUCAGAAUUAAUCCGACGGCCUGUUUUGGUGUUAUCGGCAAAUCUACCAGAUACAUAAAACCAGGUAAAUAAUAUCAAGUAUAUAAUAACUGGUAUACAAUAUCAACAACUUGUGGUUAAAGAGACAUGAGCAAACACGAACGAUAAUUGGACCUCGUUUACUCCAGUUAUACCAGAAAAUGUUUCCAGUGAAUAAGAUCCCAUACUAUACAAUGUUCAAGUGUAUAAGUGUCACUACCAACACAAGUGUAUAAGUGUUACUACCAACACAAGUGUAUACGUGUCACUACCAACACAAGUGUAUAAGUGUCACUACCAACACAAGUGUAUAAGUGUCACUACCAACACAAGUGUAUAAGUGUCACUACCAACACAAGUGUAUAAGUGUCACUACCAACACAAGUGUAUAAGUGUCACUACCAACACAAGUGUAUAAGUGUCACUACCAACACAAGUGUAUAAGUGUCAAUAUCAACAUAAGUGUAUAAGCGUCACUAGCAACACAAGUGUAUAAGUGUCACUACCAACACAAGUGUAUAAGUGUCACUAUCAACACAAGUGUAUAAUUGUCACUACCAAUAUAAGUGUAUAAGCGUCACUACCAACACAAAUGUAUAAGUGUCACUAUCAACACAAGUGUAUAAGUGUCACUACCAACACAAGUGUAUAAUUGUCACUACCAAUAUAAGUGUAUAAGCGUCACUACCAACACAAGUGUAUAAGUGUCACUACCAACACAAGUGUAUAAGUGUCACUACCAACACAAGUGUAUAAGUGUCAAUAUCAACAUAAGUGUAUAAGUGUCACUACCAACACAAGUGUAUAAGUGUCACUAUCAACACAAGUGUAUAAUUGUCACUACCAAUAUAAGUGUAUAAGCGUCACUACCAACACAAGUGUAUAAGCGUCACUACCAACACAAGUGUAUAAGUGUCACUACCAACACAAGUGUAUAAAUGUCACUACCAACACAAGUGUAUAAGUGUCACUACCAACAAAAGUGUAUAAGUGUUACUACCAACACAAGUGUAUAAGUGUCACUACCAACACAAGUGUAUAAGUGUCACUACCAUUACAUUGAUAUAAGUGUCAGUACCAUUACAAUGAUAUAAGUGUCACUACCAUUACAAUGAUAUAAGUGUCUUUACCAUUACAAUGAUAUAAGUGUCACUACCAUUACAAUGAUAUAAGUGUCACUACCGUUACAAUGAUAUAAGUGUCACUACCAUUACAAUGAUAUAAGUGUCUCUACCAUUACAAUGAUAUAAGUGUCACUACCAUUACAAUGAUAUAAGUGUCACUACCAUUACAAUGAUAUAAGUGUCUCUACCAUUACAAUGAUAUAAGUGUCACUACCAUUACAAUGAUAUAAGUGUCACUACAAUUACAAUGAUAUAAGUGUCACUACCAUUACAAUGAUGUAAGUGUCACUACCAUUACAAUAAUAUAAGUGUCACUACCAUUACAAUAAUAUAAGUGUCACUACAAUUACAACGAUAUAAGUGUCGGUACCAUUACAAUGAUAUAAGUGUCAGUACCAAUACAAUGAUAUAAGUGUCACUACCAUUACAAUGAUAUAAGUGUCACUACCUUUACAAUGAUAUAAGCGUCACUACCAUUACAAUGAUAUAAGUGUCUCUACCAUUACAAUGAUAUAAAUAUCACUUCAAUUACAAUGAUAUAAGUAUCACUUCAAUUACAAUGAUAUAAGUAUCAUUACCAUUAAAAUUAUGUAAGUGUCACUACCAUUACAGUGAUAUAAGUGUCAUUACCAUUACAAUUAUAUAAGUGUCUCUGCCAUUACAAUGAUGUGUCACUACCAUCACAAUGAUACAAGUGUCACUACCAUUACAAUGAUAUAAGUGUCAGUACCAUUACAAUGAUAUAAGUGUCACUACCAUUACAAGGAUAUAAGUGUCACUACUAUUACAAUGAUAUAAGUGUCUCUACCAUUACAAUGAUAUAAGUGUCUCUACCAUUAAAAUGAUGUAAGUGUCACUACCAUUACAAUGGUAUAAGUGUAACUACCAUUACAAUAUAAGUGUCACUACCAUUACAAUGAUAUAAGUGUCUCUACCAUUACAAUGAUAUAAGUGUCACUACCUUUACAGUGAUAUAAGUGUCACUACAAUUACAAUGACAUAAGUGUCAGUACCAUUACAAUGAUAUAAGUGUCACUACCAUUACAAUGAUAUAAGUGCCACUACCAUUACAAUGAUAUAAGUGUCACUACCAUUACAAUGAUAUAAGUGUCACUACCAUUACAAUGAUAUAAGUGUCAGUACAAUUACAAUGAUAUAAGCGUUCUACGAAGCAAGAUCGCCAACCACCUAGAUAAUCAUCAGUUACACAACCCAGGUUAACACGGGUUUAGAGCAAGUCGCUCCUGCCUGUCCCAGCUACUGGACCACUAUACCAAGGUCCUGGAUGCUGUAGAGGAUAAACAAAAUACAGAAGUAGUAUACACAGAUUUUGCAAAAGCUUUCGACAAGUGUGACCAUGGCGUAAUAGCGCACAAAAUGCGUGAUAAAGGAAUAACGGGAAAAGUUGGUAGAUGGAGCUAUAACUUCCUGACAAAUAGAACACAAAGAGUAAUAGUAAACAGAGUAAAGUCUGAGGCAGCCAUGGUAAAAAAGCUCUGUUCCACAAGGCACAGUACUCGCUCCCAUUCUAUUCCUCAUCCUCAUUUCUGACAUAGACAGAGAAGUAAGCGAUAGCUCCGUGUCCUCCUUUGCGGAUGACACCCGGAUUACCAUGGCAGUGACCUCCAUUGAAGACACCGCGAGACUCCAAGCGGACAUCAACCAAAUCUUCGAAUGGGCCACUCAAAACAAUAUAAAGUUCAACGAGGAGAAAUUUCAACUACUCAGAUAUGGGAAACUUGAAGAAAUUAAAAAUGUGUCAGGGUAUACCACAAAUUCUAACCAUACAACAGAGCGGAAAAGUAAUGUGAAGGACUUACGAGUGAUAAUGUCAGAGGAUCUCGCCUUCAAAGACCACAACAAUGUAUCUACCUCAUCCGCUAGGAAAAUGAAAAGAUGGAUAAUGAGAACCUUCAAAACUAGGGACGCCAAGCCAAUGAUGAUUCUCUUCAAAUCGCUUGUGCUCUUUAGGCUGGAAUACUGCUGUACACUAACGGCCUCCUUCAAGGCUGGCGACAUUGCAGACCUGGAAAGUGUACAAAGAACUUUCACGGCACACAUAAGUACGAUAAGGCACCUAAACUACUGGGAACGGUUGAAGGUCCUUGAUCUGUAUUCCCUCGAACGCAGGCGGGAGAGUUACAUGAUAAUAUACACUUGGAAGGUCCUGGAGGGAUUGGCACCAUACUUAUUACUGCACCUACUACAUACAUAGAACACUUAACUCUGACAUAAACCCUCCCCUCAAACAUCUCCUUACCAACCUCAACAAACACAUGACCAUAACACAAGGCACAGAUCACUCUUUGAUGUUCCUCGUGUCCAUCUCACGCUAUGCAAAAACUUAAUGCACAUAAAAGGCCCUAAAAUCUGGAAUUCAUUACCUGUGAAUAUAAAAGAAACACUGUCUGUUUAUAAAUUCAAGUCUCUUCUCAAAAAUCACUUACUUACCCACAACUAAAUAAAUACUGAAUAAUUGUAUCUCAUAAAUUGUAUCUCAUUAUUGUAUCUCACAAAUGUCAACCUGUGACCCAAUCAAACUUUGUUACUAUUUAACUUCAUUACCUAACAUAAUACUCCAUUCUACUGAUCACACAGCAACACAGUAAAUGAUCAUAUAACCUGUCUUUGUAAUACUCUCCUGUACUAAAUUGUUAUCUGUUUUACAAUAAUUUUUGUACCACAGAAUAUAUCAUUGCUUAGUUAAUCUUAAGUUAAUUUUAAGCCUGCCCGUAAUGCUCUGCAUACAAGGGGCUUUGGCAUGCUGCAUUUAAAAAUUGUAUUCCUUGUACUUCUCUGU